CUGGUGAGAAGAUCUACUUAACACAGCUAUCAACUGCAAACUCUGCCACCCCAGGUAUAAUCAUAACCGGAGUAACCACAAGGCUACCUAAGGUGGCUGCCUAGAGCCCAGGUGUGAGACAGGGGCUCUGGCAUCAUGAUGAUACAUGGCCAAACUUGGCCCCAUUCACCACCAAGAUCCUACAUGUGAGAGGGGGCCCCAAACUGGUAACCUUACUAGGGCCCUGUGGGAGCUUAACCCUUCUCUGAUUUUCAUCGGAGGUUGAAGCCAACAUGCAGAGGUUGAGUGAGCGCAGGGCCACGACCAACCACAGUCACUAUGCAGACCAUGGACCUCACUCUAUGCCUGACACCAUUCUCAGGAUUUCUCUCAUCAUCUCCCUCCUCUGCCUCUCUCUCUUUGGGAACAUCAUGCUCCUGGUAGUUUUCCAUCGUAAACCCCAGUUGCUUCAGGUGGCCAACAGAUUUAUCUUCAACCUCCUGGUGGCUGAUCUUCUGCAGACUGUUCUUGUGAUGCCCUGCGUCAUUGUUACCUCUCUACCUGAUAUCUGGCCUUUGGAACAUGGUCUCUGUGGGGCAGUGGUGGUCCUGAUGCAUCUCUUUGCCUUUGCAGGAGUAAACACAAUCACCGUGGUUUCCGUUGACAAAUACUUGGCCAUCAUCCAUCCCUUGUCUUAUCCCACCAAGAUGACCCCAAAACGAGGUAGCCUGCUCAUCUCUUGCACUUGGCUCUUCAGUGUACUUCAGAGCACCCCUCCACUCUAUGGAUGGGGUAAAAUUGAAUUUGAUCUCCACAACCACUACUGCAAAGUAUUGUGGGCUUCAAGUUACUCAUACACAGUACUCAGUGCAUUGUUUUCUUUUAUCCUACCAGUGAGCAUUAUGUUGGCGUGCUAUGGAAUGGUUUUCAGGGCAGCCAGGAGGCAAAAUGCAUUAGUGCACCCAGUCCAAGCAAAUGGAUGUGACAGGUCUGAUGGGACAAGAUCCACUGCACUAAGCACACUUGACAAAACACAUCAUCACCGACCUUUGUACCAUUGCAAAGCAGCCAAGGUUAUUUUUGCUAUUUUGUCAUCCUAUAUCAUAAGUAUGGGCCCUUACAGCGUUCUGAGUAUAGUCGCAUCCAGCGCCAAUUUAGUAAUUCCAAGAUGGGUGACAUCGCUUGUUCUGGUGCUAUUUUUCUUGCAAUGUUGUAUACAUCCUUACAUAUAUGGGUACAUGCACAAAAGCUUGAAAAAGGAAUUUAUCCUGCUCUUGCAUGGCUUCUUUUGUAAGCAAGUGCACCCGCAAAAUGCCACCGUAGACAGCUAUAUCAUCCUGACAGAUGGCAGAAUAUUUCAAUCUCAUUUCUCCACUGGGCCCACAGUAAAAUUCUUAGAAGAAGAGACCACAAUUUCUGUAAUCACUGGAAAAAGUAUGAACAAUCUUAAAAUAAAAGACAAUAAAAAAGAAAGUAAUUCAACCAAUAUAUCACCAGAAAAAGAGAGAAGUCCUCAAAAAAUGGAUCAUGAUAUACCGCAUCUCAUUAGCUGUUAAUAUGUUUAAUGGUGAAAGUUUAUAUAUAGAUGUAUU